UUUGUCUUUUCUCUCCCUUUAAGUCUACAAUCUCUUUAUUCAUGAAUUCAUGGUUUUCUGUUGAAGGUGACAUUUUUAAUCAUUUUUGUUGUAUGAUUAUUAUUUAAGUGGCAUUAAAAUGUCAAGGAAUCAGCAAAUGCAUUGAAAUGGGAAUUAUUUGUCUGGAUUUAAUCAAGAAGCAAUACAUUGACUCUUUGCGAUUGACUACAACAAGAAAAGGUUAUAAAAAUGAUGCGAAGUCAGUCCCUAAGUAUCUUAAAUUUGAUUAAGAGAUCUGGAACAGUCAGUUGUGGUGGUUUGAAUCGACUCUUCAAUAACUGUGACUCAAAAUGGUUUGCUUCAUUAGAAAUCAUCAAUCAAAACCCUCGACAUUUUUUGCAGCCUAAUCCUCAAAUUUAUAUAACAGAUAGGCUAUUUUGUGCCAAUAAACUUACUCAAUGUUGGCAGUGUGGAAGCAAAUUUCGGGAAAGCUUACCCAUCAGCUGUACCAAUUGUCUGGCACCGCAAUUGAAUCACCCAGAAUUAAAUUAUUUCACCGUAUUUAACCUAAAAGCAACCUAUGAUGUAGAUGUCCCAGAAAUAAGGCAAAGAUUCCUUGAUUUGCAAAAAAUCCUUCAUCCUGACAAAUAUAGCAACCGUUCUCUGGAAGAGCAAUACACUUCUUUGGAUCUUUCAACAUUUGUCAACAAAGCCUAUAAAGUUUUGCAAAAUCCAUAUAAAAGAGGAAUAUACCUGCUAAAAUUGAACGGAAUACAUCGAGAAGAAAGAGAAGGUAACACCGUUAUGGAUCCCGAUUUCCUCGAAGACAUGUUAUCAAUAAAUGAAGCAGUUCUAGAAUCGAGCAUAGAGGGAUUAGAAAAGAUCCGGUCCGACGUGCAAAGUAAAGUUAACCAUCUUGUUAGCUCUAUAUCCAGAAGUUUUCAGACGAAUUCGUUACAAGAGGUCGAAUUAUUGUUAAACAAGUUGAAAUUUUAUGUCAACAUACUUGAUAAAAUAACCGAGAAAGAGUGAAAUUAGUCAAAAUUGGGAAACAAGACUUAAAACGCACUUAAAGACAAUUUUUCAAUUACUCUAAACAAUUCUGCUGUUUUUCUAUCAUCUGAUCCUUUUCAGGAAUAUUCAAUUUUACCAAAGUUCUACGUGGCAAUCUGUAUGUUUUCCACCAGCGUCCGUCUGAUGUUGGCGGAUCGUACUGGCGUCGUUGUCUGCAACGAGGAGGCUUGAGUUCUCCUUUCUCCAUGCGGGCAUUAAAAUGACUAUUCAUUUUGCUUUUGUAUUUGUCUUUUACUCUGUAAUGGCAUUCAGGAUAUGGACAGUUCCAGUAAAUUUCACUGCAAGAAUAAUUUGGGCAAAUUAUGUAUUAAAUUCAUGUAAAUUCAUCAUUACUUACAAUUCGUCAUCUUCCUCUUCAACAUCUGCUUCUGCUGCAUUUGUCUCUUCAUCUUUUUCUUUCUCAGCUUCAUUCUCUUGGAUUAUUUCUUCAACAACUUUUUCUUUCUCUUCAUCUUUUUCCUCAUCGUUUUUUUCAUUAGUUAUUGCUUCCAAUUCUGUUUUGAGCUGAAGGACGGCCCUUGUUACCUUUCCGAUUUUAUUGUUAAUUGAUUCCAAUUUAUUGAACAAUCCGAGGAAUUGGCCUCUUUCAUCAUUGAACAUUUUUGGGUUGAAAACGCUUGGCUUUGUAAUAGGAAAUUGACAUUGGAGAAAGAUAUUAGUCGGAUGAAUAAAGAAUUGAAAUUAUAGUAAA